AUGGCUGAUACUAGAGAGCUUCGGCGCAUCUCAGGAGAGGCCCGCCGGCCUCCGUCAUCCCGCUCCCCUUUGGAGACCUCCUCUUUCAUGCGCAAUGCAGCGGAGCUGACGGAUUGUAAUGUUCCAGCACAACGACACCCCAAUCUCCACCUGACGCCGGAGGAAAAGCGCGUAUUCUAUCAGCUCUUCCAAGCUGCCGACACCACCAAUCUCGGCGUUAUCACCGGUGAAAUCGCUGUUCCGUUCUUUGAGAAGACUCACCUCCCGCCCGACACCCUUGGCCUGAUAUGGCAGAUCGCAGAUAAAGAGAAUAGGGGUCUCCUGACCCCGUCUGGCUUCGGCAUCGUUCUGCGGUUAAUCGGACAUGCCCAAGCUGGCCGUGCACCCUCCGACGAGCUGGCAUUGCAGUCCGGUCCUUUGCCUCGAUUUGAUGGAAUUGUGGUCGAUGCAGCCGCAAGUACCCCCGAGUCAGGAACCAAAAGCCCUCCCCCAGGAGCUGCUGGGCCGAUUCGAGUUCCUCCACUUCAACCGGAGGACGCCAAUAAAUUCGUCGCGCUGUUUGAGAAAUCAGAUGUAAAGAAUGGGCUCAUCUCAGGCGAAGUCGCCAAACAGAUCUUCGAACGUGCCCGGCUCCCGAAUGAGGUUCUCGGUCGAAUUUGGUUUUUGUCGGACACCAAGCAGCGAGGCGCCUUGGAUGCCACCGAAUUUACCAUUGCGAUGCAUCUCCUUACCUCUUACAAAUCUGGCGUCCUGCGCGGCAUUCCAGCGACACUACCACCUGGCCUGUAUGAUGCGGCAGCUCGGAGGGGCCCCGCGCGGGCGUCGUUUGGGUCGAGACCCGACGUGCCUCCCAUUCCCGCUAUUCCUCAGCAAUUCUCUGGGCCUCAGCGAACCACGAGCCCCAUGAGCACAGCCAAUCGCUCGCCUUUCGUAGGCUCUCUCUCCGCUCAGGUCACUGGGACCGAUUGGUUGGUCACUCCACAGGAGAAGGCCCAGUUUGACAGCAUCUUUGAGACGGUGGACACGGCUAAGUUGGGACUCAUUACUGGAGAUCAAGCUGUGUCCUUCUUCAUGAAGGCCCAGCUUCCCGAAGAAACUCUUGCUCAAAUUUGGGACCUUGCAGAUAUCGACGCAGACGGUCAGCUGAGCCGAGAUGAAUUUGCCGUGGCUAUGUACUUGGUGCGAAUGCAACGUAGCGGCAAGGAGCCGCUGCCUCAGGUCGUCCCACCGGCUCUUAUCCCACCUAGCAUGCGCCGCCAAGCGCCUGCACCCAUGGCAGCGCCUGCACCUCCCCCGGUGCCCACCCCCGCUGUACGGUCAGCUGCUGAUGAUUUGUUUGGACUUGAUUCUCCUGCGCCGCCAUUUGCGCAGCCCCAGAUUCCUCAAUCUACUGGGGGAUCAAGUAGCGCAUUCCAAACACCCGCCUCGCCUUCUAGAGCGUCCCCGCAGACAGCAUCGCACACCUUCAAACCAUUUGUACCCACUUCUUCAUUUGGCCAGAGCUUGCAACCCCAAGUCACUGGUGCCUCAGCGGGAACCCCGGGAGCAAUUCGUUCUCCUCCCCCUCCCUCAGACGAUCUCCUCGGUGACAAUGAUCCUGAGGAAUCAAACAAAUUGACUCAGGAGACUACUGAACUUGCGAACUUAUCGAACCAAAUUGGUUCUCUCGCCAAGGAGAUGCAGAAUGUGCAGGAGAAGCGGACUUCUGCCGAACAGAACAUUGCACAGACUUCGCAGCAAAAGCGUGACUUCGAGGCGCGCCUUGCACAAGCACGUUCAAUGUACGAGCAGGAGGUCACCAACUUCAAGGCACUUGAGGAGCGCCUCAAGUCAUCUAAGGCAGAGACUGUGAAGUUGCAACAGCAAUAUGCAUUACUUGAGGGCAGCCGUCAGGACUUGCACACCCAAUAUACGCAGGUUUCUGCGGCCUUGGCUGCUGACGAACAGGAGAACGCUAGUCUGAAAGAGAAGAUCCGCCAGGCAAACGCCGAGGUCGCCCAGCUGAAGCCAGCACUAGAGAAGGCGCGCUCUAGUGCGCGCCAACAGAAGGGCCUCGUCGCCAUAAACAAGAAGCAAUUAGCUACUGUGGAAGGCGAACGCGAUAAACUUCAGGGUGAGAUAGACACCCUGGCCAAUGAGACCCCGCAGUACUCCGAAGAUGUGACUCGGACCGGCAGUGCGGCUGAGAUUGCAAGCCCUGCAGCGUCUACGGCAAGCCAAAACACAAAUCCCUUCUUCCGUCGGACGGGUAGCUUGGGCGAACAGGCCCGGUCUCCCGAUGUUUCGAACGAUCAGCAAAAGGCAUUUGACAGCCUUUUCGGACAGUCCUUUGCGGCUCCUUCUGCCGCCGGACCGCCGCCCACUUCCUUCCGCGCCGAGUCCCCGCAAGUUUCGGUUACGUCUCCUGUUACCUCUGCUGCUCCGACUCCAUCGGUCUCUCCGCCUCCUGGCGCUUUGCCUGGCGCAUUCCCUGCUGGUGCCUUUGCUGAACCACCGCCCCCCAGUGAGUCACGGCAACUGACGCCGAGCUUCUUGCAAUUCGAUGAUACACAGUCCAAGACUUCAUCUACAAAGGUAUCGCCUCCUGGUAGUCGAUUUGGCGGCCCUGAAACAUCUGGGUUUGGUACACCUUCUCAAGCGGCCACCAGCGAUAACGGGGUCCCAUCGGUGACAGAGUCUGCUGACUACAGUCAUGCACCGACAACGUCUAGCUUUGCGGGCACUCCAGCUCGGUCUCCUUUCGAGGAGGAAGGACAUGAUGCCUCAGCCAGGUUCCCUGAGGUCCCAGCAGCAGCUACCCAGCAGCCUGAGCCUGCUACCUCCCCCACCGCUGAGGGCAGCAAGGACCUAAGCUUUGAUGAGCUGUUUGGCAGCAAAGCACACAGACGGUCCGAGUCCCAACAAGGCAACGACUUUGAGGAAGCGUUUGCAUCUAUGAAGCACCCCUCUGGAACUGAACAGACGAAUAAAGCUGCGGCAGCAGGCUCGUCCGAAUUCCCUCCGAUCCAAGAGCUCCAUCAUGAUGAUGACGACGAUGAGAGUUCAGAGGAUGAAGCUGUAAUGGGCUUCGAUGAUAACUUCUCGCCUCCUGCGCCCGAGGCUAAGGAGACAAAACCGGACUCGAUCGACGCUGCGCAACUGGCUGCUUUCCCUGUUCCAGAAACGUCCGCCAAGCCUCCUUCUCCUGACGCGCAGCAGAGUCCUCCGGAGUAUGAGGCCCCCAAAGAAGACAAUGUCCACCUCCCGCCUCAAUUUGAAGGGCUCUUGCCUGAACGUACGGAUCCCACCGUGGCCCCGGAUGCGCCUCAUUCAGUUGAGCACACCACUGGAGCGCCAGUCGUAAGCAAUGAGACCCAGCGGGACUCUGUCUCGGAGGCUGCUAUCCCUGCUGGUGGAGCGAAAGUGGGAGGGCCGGACUUUGAGGCAGCCUUCGCCGGAAUGGACCUCGCACCCGCGGUUGAAGCAGAAGAUGAUGAUGACGACGAGCCGGAACUCCAAGCCAAGAACACAACCGACUUUGACUUCUCCUUUGACUCUCCGACUCAAAAGCAGCAGGUGGGCUCCGGUGCUGAUGCUGGUCAAUCUAGCUCCGCACAGUUCUUCUCUUUCGACGACAACGUCCACGCAGCCACCACCCAAUCAGUUGGCUCGCCAACGGAUGGCGGAUCAAAGCCAGCUGCAAGCGAGUGGGACGCGCUCUUCGCACCUCUUGACAAUGCCAAGCCCUCCACCGGCGAGGACGCGAGCGAAGCGCAGUCCAAGGAGCCUGGAUGGGCCCUGAGAAAUGACACUGGUGAAGACGACCUUAUCCUGCAGCGCUUGACCGGCAUGGGCUUCACACGGGAUGAGUCCCUAGAUGCGCUGGAAAAGUUUGACUACAACCUCGAUAAGGCUGUGGAUCACUUAACUUCAAAGGCUUGA